AUGGAUUAUCAAGUGAACGACGAAGAGUCUUCAAUAAACAACCACAAGAUGAUUGAUAAUGGUACAGAUUGUUGUCUUUGGAAUAUACUUGGCAAAUGCACUGUCAACUAUCAACCAAGUGAAUAUUUCUUUUCGAUCUCUGAGUACACAAUGAUAUUGUAUUAUUUAGAAUAUUCUAAAUGGCCUCAAUCAUCUGUGUUACUUGCUGAUUUAACUGAUGAUAUGACUGAAUAUUUACGUCAUUUAAAUGUUAUUUCAUAUCACCAUGAUGUUAUUGUUCCUAUUUCCGAACGUGAUUUAAUUUUGAAUCGUCUUUAUCGGUAUGCAGUUGUGGACAAUGUAGAUUUCAAAAUUUGUCCUCUUCAUCGAUAUACAAUGGGCGUCGGUUGGCGUAUUCAUGAUCGUUGCCAAUUUACUGAUCACAAUGUUGGUUUUAAACAGUCUCGUUUGGUUAAGCGUCGAAGAAGUGCAAGUACAUCUUCGACUCCUUUACGAGUUGCACCAUUACAUUUAGCUGAAAAAAUUGUUGGUUUCCCUUAUGGAGGUAAAAUAUGCAACAAGCAUCGGAAACAAGUUGAAAAAGAAGAUGCUAUGUCAGUUGAUGACUUUAAUGUAAAUUAUACGAAUGAAGAUGAUAAUGAUGUUGACAUGGAAACUAAUUCAACUGUACAAUCAUUUGUUAUGUUUGAUGAAUCUAAUGAACAGCAGACACAACGGAUUUUAGCUGAACUUGAUCAAUCUCCAAUUAAAAGUCGAUGUAGAGCACCACUAGUUAAACAAACACCAGGAGCAGUGCGCCGCAUGACCGGCAAGCUACGAAAAGUCGUUGCUGCUGCUACUACUAUACUUGCUAAUUCAAUAUCACCAGGUCAAGCCAAUACUUUAAUCCAUCUUGCUGGUCUUGAUAAUGUGCUGGGUAAACGUGCGUCAUCGACUCAAAAUACUGCAGCAGUUAUCGAUAAAAAUUUUCUGGCCUAUUUGGUUGAAAUGUAUAAAGCUUAUGAAGAAAAAAAUUUACCAUAUGAUGAAAAGAUUCGUAUACUUGCUCUUAUUCCAGAAAGCUGGAACUUGUCAUAUGAAGAUAUCAUGGAUCAUUUUCAAUGUACAGAACAUGCCAUCAAAGCAGCUCGAGCUUUAAAGAGAGCAAGUAGUACACCAUUACAUGUCGACCAAAAACCAUCCAUCAUUCGACGACGUUAUGAUUCAGCUCAAAUCGAUCAUUUUCUUACCUGGUUGAUUGAAACCAAAUUACUUGUAUCUGUUCACUGGGGUAAUACCCAUUUGAAGUUAGAGAAUGGAAAUACAUUGACUAUUCCACGGCAAGUACUUCAAGCAAAGCGAAGUCAUGCGAUUCAUCAAUACAAAUCUCAUUGUUCUGUAGUUGAUUUUAAACCUCUUGGUGAUCGAAAAUUGUUGUACAUCCUCGAAGGUAUUAAUACACGAUCGCAAAAAGCUAUAUCUGGUAUGGAUGAUUUUGCUAAGGCAGCAGCUGAUGGAUGGGAAGCACUUACAAAUCUGUUACCAAACUUGCGCAUUGAAAAAGAAGAAAAACAAAAUUUAUUGAAUUGUAUUGAAAAUUCCUCCUUGUACUUAAAAUCAUCCUAUUCAACACAUUGUAAUAACAACAGCGAAUGCGCUACCCACUGCACAGUCUUUGCUCUUAGUCAAGCAACAAAUCCAGAAUUUUUUGAAAUGUGCAAACAUAAACAUGAUACAUAUUGUAAAGAAUGUCUUGCCGUUUUUCAACUUUUCGAUGAUCUUGAACAACUAAUUGAAAAAGAACAAGAUGAAGAAAAACGUGAAGAGUUUAAAUAUGAUUUUGGUUUAGCUCGGGAGAGCAUAUUUGAGAUGUUUCGACAUCGUAUUCGUACUGUUCAACAAGAUUCAGUCAAAUCACGUGUGCUUGCAUCAAUGUCUAAUACAACUGCUUUUGAAACAAUUGAUUGGGCACAAAAGAUAUUGCCACAAGGCUUUCGUGAAGGUCAAACAGCAUAUUUCGGGAAGAAGGGAAUGAGCGCUUUGGUGGGGUCUUUCACGUUCUAUGAUGCAUCAUCAACACUUACUACUCGUACAUAUAUACUAUGUCUCACACAAUGCGAUCAAACAGAACAAGCCACAUUAAGCGGCGGUUAUUUAAUUUUAAAACAAUUUUGUUCGGAAUAUCCACACAUUACUUCAAUCAUAAAACGAUCCGAUAACGCGAGUAUUCUUGCUGGUCAAGCAACGCCAGAAGGUGAAUGGUUUUUAUCAAAAUUAGCUAAUGUGACAUUGCUUAUGCGUGAUUACUCCGAAGUCCAAUCAGGCAGGGCUAUUUGUGACAGAAUUAUUGGAGCCGCAAAAAUGCGAAUGAAAGCAUGUUUACAUGCUGGACAUGAUGUGACAAAUGCUAGUCAGAUAAAACGUGCCAUGGAAUAUUGUGGUGGAGUGAAGAAUGUAAUAGUAGCAACUGCUGAAAUACUUGAAAACAUUCCACCAAUCAGUAAAACUCGUAUUGCCGAUAUUAGCACCAUUCGAAACAUCGUCUAUCAAGGGAAGCACAUGAUUCUGCGUAAAGCAUCUGAAAUUGGACCCGGACGUGCUGUUUCUUUGUCGUUGCUUGAUGUACCGGUGAAUAUGCAAAUAAUUGAAUCAUUUGAAGUGAUGCGAAGUGAUACUAUUCCAAUAUCUACUGCUACUAAUACAACUACAACAUCCAGUUCGUUCAUCCAUUUGCCAAAACGUUUUUCACUUUUCAAUCAAACUGGUUGGGCCUUGAGAGUUCAUAAACCGUCACAACGAAUUGAUAAAAGCGUGAAAGACUACAUACAAAAAGUUUAUGAUGACGAAAAAAUUAAUGGACGAAAGGUUCCUGCUGAAGAAUAUGUGCGUUCUAUUCGAGCAGCUCGCAAUCCAGAUGGAACAAAAAUGUUUUCUCCUUCACAGUAUUUAACAGCUUCACAAGUUCGAACACAAAUUCGCCAGUUGGUAAAAGUUAAAGAUUCUAGUAAUCGUUUUAAUGCAAUGUCAAUUGAUUCAAAUGUUGAUUCGCAAUUAAAUGGUGUCAGCACAUUACCGGUCUAUUCUGUAAUCAUUUUACCGGAUUUUAUGACGACUGAUACUCAUAUGAUUAUCUUGAUUUUUAGUCUUCUUCAACAAGUUCUUCACAUUUGGCGUAUGCUACACAAGGAACACCGAUAG